UUUACCAUGCAUGCACUCAUGUACGCGUAGCAGUGAAUGCUCUGCUGCCUGUGCAGGCCGUGGCCGUGGACAGGGAUCGGUUCGGUUCGAUCCCGGACUCUAAAAUCAACAUCUCAAAAUUAUAAUCAUUUUUAUUAUUAAUAGCAUAAGUCCAAAUAAAUUGUGAAAUAUUAAGAGAACACCGCAUCAGAAUGAAACCAUGACAACCCAUCAUGUUGGCUUGUUGAAAGGAUGCUUCGAUAGGCAGAAGCUGUUUGAAUGCACGUUCUGUUCUGGUCCGCAGUUUGGCAAAAGUGUUUUUUUUUUUUGAAAAUCCGUUAGUAAUGCGGAUUAGUCAUCGAUAUCGAUUACAGCCGUGCACAUCUGGUCUGCUAACAUCGAUAAUACAGCGACUAGAGAUGAACGUAUAAGUGACUAUUGUUCCGGCGAUAGCUGUGACUGAUAUCAUAAAAAUAUCAGCGACAAUAAGCAAACAUGCUUUGAUUUUUAAUUCAAAAUAUAAUUAAAAAUGUUUUUUGAAAUAUAAAAAAUAUCAAAAUUUAGGAUAUUUGUUGUCUCAUUUCGGUUAGCUUGCCAUUGGCCAUAGUACCGAAAGCAGUGACUGGUGGCCUCAAAAGACCAGUGACUGGCGACAGGGAACGUAAAUAUGUGCCUUCCCUGAAGGAGACAAAAGAAAACACGGAACAACACCUAAACAUAUACAAUUGUAAUGCUGCUGCGGAUGAAGCGGACUGUGAACUGUGAUUGAACAGUGGCCAGCCAGGAGCUAAGCAGCUGUGACUAUGCGACAACAACAGAGCACCAGAAGCGACUCUAACUCCAACACCAGCACCAGCUCCAGCUCCAAAUUGAACCCAUUUUCCGCUUAGCCGAACAGCAGUGCGUGUGUUCUGCAGCUGCGAGUGCAUCGGGCACAGGCCACGGGCACGGGCACAGGCACAGGCGGAUACCCAACCAACAAACCAACCAACAAGAGGCGGCGGCUGAUCAGAACCAAUGUUGCUAGUGCGGCAGCUGUUUGGUGCAUCGGCUAACUCAUGGGUGCGGGCCCUUGUCAUCUUUGUGCUGGCCUGGGUGGCUCUCGUCUACGUGUUUGUGGUGAAGCUGACCAGCACACAGGGCCAGCAAGCAACGGGAGAGAAUGAGAUCAGUGCCCGCCGCAUCACCCAGGCCCUACAGCUCCUCGAGCACACCAAGCAGCGUAACGAGGAGCUCAAGCAGCUUAUUGAUGAGCUGAUGAGCGACCAGCUGGACAAACAGAGUGCCCUGAAGUUAGUACAAAAGUUGGAGAACGAUCCACUGAACCCAAAGCAAGGGCUGGAAAGUCUGGGAGCAGAGCCCGAGGCAUUCUUCGAUUCUGCUCCAGCUGACUUGAGGGGCUGGAACAAUGCCGAAGGUGGAAACGAUCCGCUAGACGGAGCUGCAGCCCAGCCAGAUCUCUUAUCCGGAGACGAUCUGGGACAUGGCGAGCCCAGUAUGGAGUAUGAGUUUACCCGCCGACGCAUCCAGACGAACAUUGGGGAGAUCUGGAACUUCUUUAGCAGCGAGCUGGCCAAGAUAAGCAAGGGGCACAAGGAGCUGGAGGAGUCCAUCAACCAGGUUCUGUUGCAGGGCGCAGAGCACAAGCGGUCGCUGCUAAGCGACAUGGAUCACAUGCGUCGUUCGGACGGAUACGAGACCUGGCGCCACAAGGAGUCCAGGGACCUAAGCGACCUGGUCCAGCGGCGCCUGAACCACCUACAAAACCCCAGCGACUGUCAAAAUGCUCGCAAGCUGGUCUGUAAGCUCAACAAGGGCUGUGGUUAUGGCUGCCAACUGCACCAUGUGGUAUACUGCUUUAUUGUGGCGUAUGCCACAGAGCGCACAAUGAUUCUCAAGUCGCGUGGCUGGCGCUACCACAAGGGUGGCUGGGAGGAGGUGUUCCAGCCGAUCUCGAAAGGCUGCCACGACGCCGGGUCUGCCAACGCAUACAACUGGCCGGGCAAGCCCAAUACUCAGGUCCUGGUGCUGCCGAUCAUUGACUCGCUAAUGCCGCGCCCGCCCUACCUGCCGUUGGCCGUGCCCGAGGAUCUGGCGCCACGGCUUAAACGCCUGCACGGUGAUCCUAUUGUCUGGUGGGUGGGCCAGUUCUUGAAGUACCUUCUGCGCCCGCAGCAGCCGACGCGCGAAUUCCUCUUCGCCGGCAUGCGAAACCUGGGCUGGGAGCGUCCCAUUGUGGGGGUGCAUGUGCGUCGUACGGACAAGGUGGGCACGGAGGCGGCCUGCCACAGCAUCGGGGAGUACAUGACUCAUGUGGAGGACUACUACCGAACGCUGGAGAUCAAUGGCACCACCGUGGUGCGACGCGUCUUCAUAGCUUCGGACGACGCCUACGUAAUCGAAGAGGCGCGCGAAAAGUACCCGCACUACCAGAUCAUCGGGGAUCCCGAGGUGGCCCGCAUGGCGUCCGUCUCCACACGCUACACGGACACGGCCCUCAACGGGAUCAUACUGGACAUCCACCUGCUAUCCAUGUCAGACCAUCUUGUGUGCACCUUCUCCUCGCAGGUGUGCCGCGUGGCGUAUGAGAUCAUGCAGACCAUGUACCCGGAUGCCUCACAUCGCUUUAAAUCGCUGGACGACAUAUACUAUUACGGCGGUCAGAAUGCGCACAAUCGUCGCGUAGUUAUCGCUCACAGUCCGCGCACCCACGAGGACCUCCAGCUGCGUGUGGACGACCUAGUGUCGGUGGCCGGCAACCACUGGGACGGCAACUCCAAGGGCAAGAACACGCGCACCAAUCAGGGCGGCCUCUUCCCCUCAUUCAAGGUGGAGGAGAAAAUUGACACCGCCAAGCUGCCUCUAUAUCCGGGUGUCUAGUUCUAGUUCCAGACGCAGUAGUGCGGUAGUGCCAGUGGCAAAUGUGGUUGACUAAUGUUUCGUGCUGAACAGUACUGAACGGUACUGAACGGUACUGGCCAGUGCUGGCUGGGUCCGGUGGAUCCGGAUAUUUUUCCCUCGUCUAGGUUUACUAUGGAGAAUCUUCUCUGCCGCAUUCCAUCUGUGGUAUAUCUGUGGAAUCUAUGGUAUAGUUCAAGUUUAAACUUAGAUCAGAAUCUGGAAUCUGAAAUCUGUAAUCUGUAAUCUGAAAUCUGAAAUCUGUAAUCUGGAAUGUGGAAUCUCAAAUCGAUAGCUCUCUAUCUCUCAAUACGUGUAUAAUUCUCGUACAUCAGCAUAUGUAUUUCUACUGUAUUUCUAUUUUACCGACACUUUCCUGACUUGACCUUGGUGUAUGUUCCGUUCCUGCUGCACUCACACGGGGCACUUAUCUCAAUUCUAAUUCUAAUUCUGCAUUUUGUAAAAGUUCUUUAUUACAUUGUAAGUCGAAGCCGAAGAAAUUAUGUUGACAAGAAUAUACAUAAAUACUUAUAUAUAUAAAUUAUAUAUAGGAGUGCAGUGCAUGUAGGGUUCAGUAAGCGCAAUAUAGUAUAACCUCUGUAAAAUAAAAGAAAAUAAAAAAAACAGUCUAAGUAAAUACAA